AUGGGCGGCGGCGGCAUCCCGGUUGGCGUCGGUGGGUCCGGUGGAGGGCUCGCCGGUGUAGCCGGUGGUGCGUGUGGCAGGGCCGCUGGGGUUGGCAGGUCAGGCGUUGGUCCGGUCAGUCCCGCCGGUGGCGCCGUUGGUGGCGCGGCUGGUGGCGCGGUCAGCGGCGCUGUUGGUGGCCGGGCUGGCGGCGGGGUCGGCGGUGCUGGUGGUGGCCGGGUGGCCCUGGUGGGCCUCUGGGUGGCCCUGGCUAGGGCCCUUGCCCUGGCCAUAGCGCUGACCCGGUUUGCUGGUGUCACCCUGGCAACGCGGUGUUGUCGCUGGGGAGGCGAAGGCUGGGCCUCCGACCCUUCUGCUUGUGUCGGCCGCUGCGCGGCCGAGGGUAUGGUCUCUGCCACGUCGAGCCCGGAUGGCUAG